UUGAUCAAGUAUUUUCCAAAAUAAUAUGGUUAACCACCAACCUCCACUUCGAGCAUGGUCAAAUUUGACCUCAUUGCGUUAUGUCAAUGUUCCAACUAUAGAUGAUGCAAAUGGCAUAACAUCUUCACCUUCUUCUUCAUCUUCAUCUCACAAUAUUGUUGCUCCGACACAAAUAGAGUCGGUUAACGAAACUAUUGAAAAGCCUAAUGUCAAUGAUAAUGACUCAUUUCAAAAGAGUCAUAAUAACGAAAAGUCUUUUAAUUUUGAGGAGUACUCCAACCCAAAAGUGAUAACAAUUGGUGGUGAAAACAAAGGUUCUUACAUGAAAAUAAUCCAAACUAUAAAGAAACCAAACAAACUUCACAAACCAAUAGUUGGUAUGUACAUGAAUAGCAAUGUGCAAUGUGUAAAUAACUCACUGCUAUUACAUGCUUCUUGCACCCACCAUGAUCCAGGGGUGCAUCUUAUUUCUCCAAAUAACUCAUUUGGUAAAGGUUUCAAUAUCAAGGAGCAACAAAAUUAAUUGAUUUGGAGGUGGUGUUUCAAGUUA